GACCGUCAUGACCCUUUGCACAAACAACACCACCAUCCACCACCGACCGCAACCACGCUUCAAGACGCACGAUUUCACCCUGCCGCCGGGUCGAUCGCAUCGAUGUUACACCAUUACAAUAAUCGUCAUCACAAUAGCUCCGUUGGUUUGGGCGUUCAUGCGUGUGCGCGUCUGUGUUUGGUCGAAUUUUGACAACGCACUACAGCCGCCGCCGCCGCCGCCGACAAUGGAACGGAACGCGGUCCGACGACAACGACCGUCAUCGCCGCCACCACUGUCGUAGCAGACCGGUCGUCACUCGUCAGUCAGUCGGUCGGCGUCGGAUGGUUGUACGCGUAUCGUUCUUCGCAGUCCACGCGCACCACACUGUACGCGCUUUCGUUUGUAUCAAGACGACGAAUAAAACUCUUUUCCUCUCUCUCGCACUCUCACCACUCUUUUUAAUACCACUUAUUCUCACGGUUUUUUUUUUCUGCUGCGAUCCAUUCUUGGAUCUUGGCCGUACAUGUCUUUCCUCCUCGUAAAUUAAAAUAUCAUCGUCUUUUAUCGAUUUAAUUGUAUUUUUUAUUUAUUUUUUUUGUUUCUAAAAGUGCCGACUGUAUAUGUAUAUUAUAGUGUCAAAGUAUUUUUUUGUUAUUUACACUUAUACAUUAUAUUUAAUUAAUUAUUUACCUAUAUCUACCUAUCUGCAUCGGAGCCAACAAAUUUCGUUUCGGGUGAGGUACUAAAUUACAUCAGAACGGCACUUGUAAUAUCAAAACUACCGGAAGGGACGCCGGUACAGCGAUCAAUGAGUUCGACCUAUCGACCAGUAAGGAUAGGUCGAGCACCAAGAAAAAAGAUACCUCAACGUAUACGAUUUCAAUUCUGUUUACUGUUUGGUAAUAUUGUACACCAAUUACAAGAUUAAUUAAGAAUACCUACAUAUUAAUAUCCAACAUGAGCGCAAACGAAAAGAGACAAAGGACCCAACCCAGUGCAUCAAUGGAUUAUGCAAAUAUUGCUGCCGAGAGCAGUAGAUCCACUAAUGAAGUGCAUCGAGAAACACACGAUUUAGAUGAAGAGAUGGAACGUGUAUUUGCUGGCGUUUCUAGUGGAGCCGAUCCUCACCGAUUUGGCUUGUCCAGAUUUUCUAGCGAUCGGUCGCCUCGACCAGGGGAUAGACGAUUUAGCGAAGAUGAUUAUACUGUUCAUCGAAAUACCAGCCGAUCGCUCGUCCAUAUACCGCUCAAGUCUAUUCCAAAAUCAAUAAGAAAACAAUCUACCACAUCGAUUAAAUCCAGAGAUCAAGAGACGGAAUUUAAGAAGCCUGAUGAUCACAGGGAUGUAACAGAUUCUGAUAGUGCAAUGAGUCCACCAACUACAAGUCAACAAACAUCCAGCAACAGCGGUGUAUUACUUUCCAUGGCUGCUGGCAUUAGUCCAAACUUUGUGGACAUUGAAUCAGAUGGUUCGAGGGCUGAAGACGGACUCUUGAGUAGUGAAUGUGAUACUCCAAUGUACGAAAAACCAAAAUUCAGUCACUACUUCAGACAGGACUCCGUUGACAAACACGUUCAGUUUAAUAUCGACGAACAAAAUGAAGAAGCAGCUUAUAACCAACACAGAGAACUUGAUAAAACUACACAAGAACGACCACAUCAAGAACUCAAAAAAACUAAACAUAAACACAGACACCAUCGUCGUCAUCAUAGCCGACAUAAGAAUAAUGAACGAGAAAUUUUUAUACCUAAGGAUGAUUUACAAAUCGAUGAAAAUUUAGAUGAGUUCAUUCAAGACGAUUUAACAAGUCAUAGAUACGACUGCAACAAAGAAAAACGGAGAUUCAGUAGCAAAAAUAAAAGUUCCUUUUUGGUUCCGUAUGCUGGAGAUAUAGAAGGAACUUUAAUCGCAGGCUUGCCAAUAAAUGUGAUUAAGAAAUACGUAGAUCAUAGUCCUCAUGCGGUUUUUGUUCAAUUAGACGAAUUAAAAGGUACUGGAGAAGAACGAGAAUGGAAAGAAACUGCUCGAUGGAUAAAGUACGAGGAAGAUGUACAAGAAGGAACGGACAGAUGGGGACGUCCACACGUGGCUUCUUUGAGUUUCCAUUCACUGUUGAAUGUAAGGAGGUCUUUGGAGUCUGGCGUGAUAUUGCUGGACUUGGAAGAAAAAGACCUACCUGGUGUAAUAUAUCGGGUGGUCGAACAAAUGGCCAUCGAAGAACUUAUCAACCAAGAAGACAAAGCUGCGGUAAUGAGAUUAUUGUUGCUCCGACAUAAACACGUUCAACAAGACAACGACAAGUUUAGUAGGUUUAUUAGACGAAAUACAUCAAGCUACACAAGUCUUACGCAAUUUGAGGCAGAAUUUCUGGCUAAGCGGUCGGCAUCACUUACACACAAUAAUCUGAAUGAUGACGGAAAGUCGAAGAUGAAAAGUACUUUAUCAAGUCAUGAAAUGCAUUCAAGUCCUAAAUUCGGAGUCAUCAAUAACAAUAACAAUCGUUCUUUCCUAGACUUGGACAAAAAUCAUAUUAAUAUAGACAUGAAAGAAGAGACUUAUACCUCAUCAACCGAAGACAUGGUAAAAAGAGCUCAAAAAGAAAGCAUUCUUAAGCGAAUACCAGUUGGUGCUGAAGCCACUACGGUAUUAGUUGGUUCAGUAGAUUUCUUAAAAAAUAGAACCGCAGCUUUUGUACGUUUAGCUGAGGGCAUUGUGAUACCCUCAUUGACCGAAGUUACAAUACCAGUACGAUUUAUGUUUAUACUUUUGGGUCCUCCUGACCCAAAAGAUAUCGAUUAUCACGAAGUUGGAAGAUCAAUGUCAACUUUAAUGUCAAAUUCUGAAUUUCAUUGCAAAGCUUACAAAGCGGGGGAACGUAAGGAACUUAUCAGUUUACUGAACGAGUUUCUUGACAGCAGUAUUGUACUUCCACCGUGCGAUUGGGAAAGAGAAGAAUUGUUAUCUCUAAGAGAGCUCAAAGAAAAAAGUGAACAGAUCAAGAGGCGAAAAACACGCGCAGCUUCACAAAAAGUGGCAACCUUAACUUCAACUUCAAGUGAAAAGAGCGAUGAUAUCAAAGAUGAUCCUUUGAGGCGUACAAAAAAACCUUGGGGAGGUUUAGUGAAAGACAUAAAACGCCGAUUACCAUAUUACAAAUCUGACUUCAUUCAAGGGUUAAAUUUGCAGUGUAUAGCGUCUGCGAUAUUCAUAUACUUUGCUGCUCUGUCAGCAGCAAUCACUUUUGGUGGUCUAAUGGCGGACAAAACGAAAAACUUUAUCGGAAUAUCGGAAACGCUAGUUGCCACCUCUGUGUCCGGUGUCAUCUUCUCACUGUUUUCCGGACAGCCAUUAUUGAUAGUCGGAACUACUGGACCUUUAUUGCUUUUUGAUGAGGCAUUGUUUACUUUUUGCCGCAGCAACGACAUCGAAUUUUUGCCUAUGAGGGUUUAUAUUGGUAUAUGGUUAGUAAUCAUAGCUCUACUUGUUAGUUGCGUCGAAGGCAGUGUUUUGGUCAAAGUAUUCACAAGAUUUACUGAAGAAAUUUUCGCAUCACUCAUAUCAUUAAUUUAUAUAUGGGAAAGUUUAUCAAAAUGUUUUCAUGUAUUUACCACACAUCCACUAUUACCGUUGAAAGAUUAUUGCGAAGAAGACGCAUUAGCGCGCAUUGAAAACUCUAUUUCUUUCUCAAACUCUACUUCUUAUAAUUCUACAUAUAACGACACUGAGUUGUAUAAACCCAUAGAUCACCAGCCUUUGAUCACAAAGCAGCCAAAUACUGCACUACUAUGCACUAUACUAGCGCUGGGAACAUUUUUUGUUGCAUAUUACCUUCGGCAUUUCAGAAAUAGCAAAUUUCUUGGAAGAAAUAUCCGAAGAGCAUUAGGUGAUUUUGGUGUGCCUAUAGCUAUCAUAUCAAUGGUAGCCGCCGAUUAUUUCAAUCCUACUACUUACACUGAAAAACUCAAAGUUCCCGAGGGUUUGACACCAUCGGACCCGGCAGCACGUGGAUGGUUCAUAUCACCAAGUGGGAUUAAGAGUCCAGUCGAGCCCUGGGUGCCCUUUGUUGCCAUUGUGCCGGCAAUACUCGUUUACAUUCUCAUGUUCAUGGAAACUCACAUCAGCGAGUUAAUUAUCGCCAAAAAAGAACGCAAACUUCAAAAAGGCAGCGGCUUUCAUUUGGAUAUCGUACUAGUAAAUUUUAUCAAUCUGAUGUGUGGCGUGAUUGGAGCCCCAUGGAUGAGCGCCGCGACUGUCAGAUCCGUUGCUCACGUAUCAUCACUAACAGUGAUGAGCCGGACUCACGCCCCUGGUCAAAAGCCUCAUAUCAUCGAAGUAAAAGAGCAAAGAGUUAGUUCUCUAUUAGUGUCUAUAAUGGUUGGUUGUUCAGUGGUCAUGUCUCCUUUAUUACGAUUGAUACCGAUGGCUGUACUUUUUGGCGUAUUUCUUUACAUGGGAAUAUCGUCUAUCGAUGGCAUACAGUUUUUCGAACGUCUCAAAUUGGUUUUCAUGCCAGUGAAACAUCAUUCAGAAGCACCAUACGUUCGCCAUGUUCAAACGUACAAAAUGCACCUAUUCACUGGAAUUCAACUCGUAUGUUUGUGUAUUCUAUGGAGCGUUAAGUCGUCAUCAUUUUCUUUAUUGUUUCCGUUUUUCUUGAUCAUGAUGAUUCCUGUGCGGUCUCAACUAUGUAAUAAACUAUUUACUGCAAAAGAAUUACGAGCACUAGACAGCAAUGAGCCAACAAACAUGACUAAUGACGAAGAUGAACCCGACUUCUAUGCUGAAUCUCGACUUCCGGGAUAAUUAUAUUUUGUUGACUGUUAUAAUACAAUUUUCUCCUUUUUUUUUUUUACUCGGUGUUUUGUUUAUUUUUAUUUUGAGAAAAUUAAUUUACUUUCGACUUCUUACCUAAUAUGGUUUUGAAAAAUAGUGCACGUUUUUGACUUUAGGCUUACAACUGAAACUGACAUAAAUUGGAUAACAAUUUUACAUCUGUGCGAUCUUUCUUACAAUUUCACUAUUUAUCCAUCGAUCGUUUACUGUAAUUGAUUUAUUUAUAUAAUAUGAUACACAUGUAUACACUAAAUUAUUUAUGAAUAUUUUCAAAAUCGCUUAAAAAUAAUUUAAUUCAAUUAUAUCGAUCUU